AUGACACAAUUCGCUACAUAUCCCAGUCUCCGCGGCAAGACUGUCCUGAUCUCAGGUGGCGCCGAGGGCAUCGGCGCCUCUGCGGUGGAACACUUCUGCAAUCAGGGAUCCAACGUCGUCUUUCUCGACAUUUCCGAGGCAUCGGCCCAGGCGUUGGUUCAAAAGGUCCGUGAGGCCGAAGGCGCAACCACACCAACAUUCAUGCAUUGCGAUGUGACGGAUUUAGAGCAGCUCAAGUCGUGUGCUCAGAAAACGCUUGAGCUAUUCGGCCAUGUUGAUAUACUGAUAAACAAUGUUGGCGCUGCCGGGCCCAGGAGUCGUGUUCCCACGUCUGGUGUCACGCCCGAGUCCUUCGACUUGGAUAUUAACACUAAUCUCCGCCAUCAGUUCUUCCUGACUCAGGCUAUCGUACCCUCAAUGCAAAAACAAAAGUCCGGAUGUAUCAUCAAUAUGGGAUCCAUCACUUGGAGGAUCCCUGCCACGGGAAUCCCAAUCUAUACAACCGUCAAGGCAGGCAUUAUGGGUAUGACAAGAACGCACGCAAGGGAAUUCGGCGAGUUUGGGAUUCGGGUUAACAGUAUCAUGCCUGGAGCAAUUGCGACACAGAGACAGAUUGAUACCGUCCUUACGCCGGAGUAUGAAGCAGAGUCUUUGGGUGCGCAGUGCCUAAAGAGGGUACUCGUGCCUGCUGAAGUGGCUAGAUUGAUGCUGUUCUUGGCGUCUGAUGAUGCCAGUGCAAUCACGGGAGGGAGUUACGUGGUAGAUGGCGGAUGGUGCGGUGAUACUUGA